GAGUAGGAACUCCCAGGGGAAAGCUUACUACUGCAAAGGCCUUAUCAGGAUCUUCAGCUAGUUCUGGCCUCAGUUCAAAGGUGCCCAUUAGAAGACCAGGACUUCAGAGAACCUCUAGCAUCUCUUCAGUCAGCAGCACUCAGAGUGACCAAAGCACUUUCAGCAAUAAUUCUACAAGUGCUACUAUUAUCAAGAAUGGAGAAUGGACUCCCAAAUCUGCAUGUCAGAAUGGUACUGCCGUCUCUCUAAAGCCGGUGCCCAGGCCACGACUCCUUUCACUGAAAAGUGGAUCGAAAGGAGCAAAAGGUAAAUUAGCCUUAGUGAACCAAUGUGUUCCCAAAUCUUCUGGAGCUAUUAUUCUUCCAGGGAAAAAACCAAAUGAUCCAAGAGGGAGUCAACGAUUAGGACCUUCAGCACAAAAUGGAUCCAGGCAUUUAUUGUCACCAUUCAGCUCUGUUGGCCAGGGUAAGCAGAAGAGUCCUAAGAAUUCAUGUCUACAGACCAGGACUUCUAAGGAAGUACAAGCAGAAACAAAAACACAAGAUUUGAUGCAAUACAAAAGAAAAUGUGAAAACCAAAGUGGAAUUAUCCAGCAGCUGAAGAAAUGUUUGGCAAACAGCAAUAGGAAAUUAGAAGCAUUAGCUGUUGUGAUCCAGCACUUUCAAUCUGAGAGAGAAGAAGUCCUUUCCCAUCGUAAAGAGUUAUCACUGGAACUUCUCAACCUACGUGGAGAUCUGGUCACUACUACCACUGCCUGUGAGAAAUUGGAGAAAGACCGAACUGAAUUGCAAGCAGCUUAUGAAGGGUUUGUGCAGAAGUUGAACCAACAGCACCAAAGUGAUGUAUUGGAAUUGGAAGAGCGGCUGAAACAGUUCUACACAGCUGAGUGUGAAAAACUUCAGAGUAUCUGCAUAGAAGAAGCUGAAAAAUACAAAGCACAACUUCAGGAGCAGGUUGACAACUUGAAUAUAACACAUGAAAAUUUUAAGCUAGAACUUGAAACCAGACAUGCAGAAAGGAUAGAAGAGUUGAAGAAGGAAUAUGAAUCUUCUUGUUCAGAACUCAAGGCUACCCAUGAAUUAGAAAGAAAGUCACUUGAAGAAUCUUUCCAUGAGAAGCAAGAAGAAUUGGAGAAAAAAAUUGCUGAAUUACAAAGUGAAAAUGAUUCCUUAAAUGAAAAGCUCAAGUUGGAAGAACAAAAACGAAUAGCCAAAGAAAAAGCAAACUCUAAAAAUCCUCAGAUUAUGUAUCUGGAACAAGAACUGGAAAGUUUGAAAGCAGUAUUGGAAAUCAAGAAUGAGAAAUUGCACCAGCAAGAUAACAAACUAUUGAAGAUGGAAAAAUUGGCAACUUUCCACUGAGCAAGCAGUUUUGCAAGAAUCUUUGGAGAAAGAAUCCAAGGUAAAUAAACGCCUAUCGAUGGAAAAUGAAGAACUUUUGUGGAAGCUACACAAUGGGGACCUUUGCAGUCCAAGAAAACUCUCCCCUGGUACUCCACCACUGGCCUUUCAGUCACCAAGAAAUUCCAGCUCUUUCUCCAGCCCCACUGUGUCACCCAGAUGACACCAUUGUGAAAAGACACUCUCCCUUCAGGCAUUUCCUUCAAACUCUGCAGAACUGAAAACAUGGUUUGAGGGAGCAAAAAGCUACAAAAAUGCAGCUGUGCUUCACUGUGUCUGAAAUACAACUGGAAAGAACUGCAUUGAGAAAUAUCUUCAGGAGCAGGAAACGCAACUGUGGUCAUCCUUGUUAAAGAAAAAGGACUUCAGAAAUAACUUCUCCAAAAGUUGUUGCACAAAGCACUUAAAGAGCAAGAAAUAUCUUGUUCACUUUUGCCUUUUUCACCUAACUCUAGGGAAAAAUUGCUCAGGGGCUUAUAAAUAAAUGAUUGCAACCUUUAAUACGUUCCUCAUUAUAGAUAGUUCUUGAGACUCUGGGUGUGCAUAAAUGAUGCAGCAUACCACCUUUGCCAUGUAUAUGAUAGAGGAUAAACACAGAAGAAAUUAGGGUCAUGUUAUUCAUGAAUAAAAUUUUCUCAUUAUGCAUGUUUUAUCAAUGUUUUUCCCCCUUUCUUGGGACUAAAGAAAAACUGCCACUUGUACUAUAUGUUCCCUCUUAUCUCUGUACUUCAGUUUAGUAAAUGAUUGAAAGGAGAUGCUAUUUCUGUUUCAUUGUCUUACCUGUUUCAUUGUGGAAUGUAAUGAGUUUGAUCAUCUCCUUUCCAGGCAUAAUUACAUUGUCCAAAAUAUUAUUUUUCAUCUUCUCCAUAUAUAUGACAGAAUUAAAUUGUUUUCCUUUAGCUAUAUUAUUUAGCCUUUACAAAAAACGCACAUCAGUGUAGUAGAUAAUUCAAACAUACAUAUAAACAUUAGUAUCAGUAUCUACAGGGUCUUAUCUGACUCAAAAUAGCAGUGCUUCAGAGCACUGCAUUCAGGAGGAAAACAGUGCAGAUGUGCUUAUUUUAAGAGAAGCAAGAGGCUAUAGAAAUGUAUCGUGUUGCUUUGUAAUAUACAGAGCUGAUAAUUUAUCAAUGUGCACUUUAUUCAGUAAAUGCUAUAAGGAGCAAUCUAUUCAUUACAUUCAUCAGUAACAGAUCUAUUAACAUUUUCCCAUUGGCUGAAGAAUUCAUUACCCUCGGUUUCAUUUGAUAAGUUUUCUUUGACCAUCUUGAAUUAAACAAAAUUUGUUUUGUAAUAGAAAGAUACUUAUCUCUUGAGUAGCAUUUAAUUCUGCAUUGCAAAUUUAAAAACAGCAUUGUGCAUGUCUGCUCUUGUUAAUGACCUAUUCAGUUUUGAUUUUUCUGAGAUUUAAAAUCUCUUAUUUGUACAAUGAGCUCUAAAAAUUGUCUCUGCUUUCUGAUAUAGGCGGGAUUUUUAAAUCCUAUGGUUUGGUCUGUUAUUAAUACAAUCUAACAAUGAACUGAUAUCUCUUUGUUAUUUAGUGAUUAACUGUUAGUCUAAGGUUGGCAAUGAUAUUUCAAGAUUUCCUUUGUCUCUUUCAUAAAAUUAAAGAAGGGGACCUUUGAAUAAGCUUCUAUAAGCAGGGAGAACAAAAUGUCAAAUUAGAUAUUUGUUUAGAAAGCAAAAUGUUGGCUUGAAGGGGGAAAGAUUUUAGUUAUUCUUGAAUUAUGGAAGCAUAUUAUAUUUGGUAAUAUGAAAAAUUCAAGGAUAAAAUAUUUUAAUUGUGCAUUGUGUAUGGAAUAUUUUACUUGCCCAAACCCAUUUAAGGAACAGUACAUGCUGUUGUAGCUAGAGAUGCUAGCACUUCUCAAUAAACUGUUGUCCAGAGACUGAUUUGUAUAACCAUGAACAUUUGGUGUAGGCUGAAAUUUGGCUUAGAAAUAUGUCUUGAAGCUAUCUAUUUCUUUGGUAAGGUCAUAUUUGAUCACAUGUAUUGAGUGUCAAAAAUUAAAAUAAAUUUUUUUACUGCUUUAAAA